AUGUUAAUUGGUGAUAUAGGUUUUGAUUAAAAUUAGCCCAUAAUUUGGAAUUCUAAUGGAAUAUAAUCUGAAAGCUCGUUUUCUUUAUAUUAGAUCAUAAAUGAUAUUUUAUCUAUUAAAAUUUAUUAUCCUCGCGAUUAAACAUCUGUUGAAAUUUAGACUACUCAAAUUAAAAAUAUCUUGCACGUCUCUCAAUUUAAUGAUACAUAUAUUUUUUACUUAAGAGAUAACUUGAAUACAAACAUAGUAUAUUACAUAACAAAAAAUAAAUAAAUCUUAAAACUUGAACUGAGUUAUAUACCUAAUAUUAUGCAAUUAAAUUUUUUUACAUCUGAUUCAAACAAAUGCUUGUACUAUUUGAAAUAAAACGUUAAAUAUUUAGAUUUAAAAUAAAUAUUUUGUUUGGAAAAUGAAGACGAAUUUGAGGAAAUUCAAUAUUUUGGAGGAGACUAAGCUGUAAUAUCUUCUAAAUAUAAUACAUACGUAUUUAAUAAUAACAUGAUCGAUUAAAUACUACCAAACACAAAUAUUUACUUAUUCAAUUAUGUUUUAGAUUAAAUUUAAUUUAAAAUAAUUGAUUUUAGUGAGAGUUUUAAAAAUCUGUAAAGCUUACCUAAAUUUAACUAUAAUUACUAAUACCAACAAAAUUAAUAUUUUUUAAUGAGUUAUAGAGAUCCAAGCUCAGAUAACAGCUAAAAAGUGUUAUACAUUUACUAAAUUAUAUUAAAUUACAGUGAUUUUGUAAAGGUAUUUGCUUAACAAAGUGAUGACUAAAUAAUUUAUUUAUCAAUGAGUUAAGGUAAAAUAAUUGUAACGUUAAUCGAUGAAUAAAAUAAUGACUUUAGUUAUUAAUAAUUUUCUUAAUUAUCUUAUUAAAACCCUUAUUUACCUACUAGCUAAAAGUAGAUUAAAGCUUUAAUAUUUUAAUCUGUAGUAUGCCUUUUUUUUACUUUUCUAUUGGCUUUUCUGAUAAAAAAAAGAAACUAAAAAAGACAAGAAGUUUUAGCCAGACUUGAAGAUCUGAUAUUUAAAUAGGCAAUCAAAAUCUCAAAAGAGUAGUUUGAAAAAAAAUAUGAAAUAGAUUUUAGAGAUUCUUUAGGUUCUGGCAGCUAUGGAGAUGUCUAUAAAGUCAAAAAUAAGCACAAAGAAAUCAUCAAAAAUCAAGAAAUUUUAUCGACUAUGCCAGAUUUUUAUGCAUGCAAAUAAAUUUGUGUUACUGAAUAAAUGAGUGAUAUAAACAGUAGUGUUUUCCAUGAGAUAGAAGUUUUAGAAAAAUUAAAAAAAUAUGACCAUGUUAUAAAACUGUAAAAUUAUUUUGUAGCAAACAGAUCAACUUACCUCAUUUUAGAUUUGGCUGAAUCUACUUUGUAAGAAUAAAUCAACUUAAAACAAGCCAAUCUUGAAUAAUUCAAUCAAGAAGAAAUAGUAAAAUUCUUAGUCUAAAUAGGUAAAACAUUAGCUCUAAUCUACUCAGAUGAGGGAAUAGUUCAUAGGGAUUUAAAACCAUCAAACAUUUUAAUUAGAGAAGGAAAUUAUUAUCUUUCAGAUUUCGGAUGUGCUUAAGAAUUAUUUUAAUCUGAACAAAUUAGAAAUAAUGUAGCUUUUGGUACUCUUAAAUGGAUGUCUCCUGAGUUGAGAGAAAUGAAGAGAGAUCAAAAAAUUAAUUUUUUUAAAAGUGAUGUAUUUAGCUUAGGAAUGAUCUUGUUGUACAUGCUCACUCUUACUGAUAUUUCAUAGGUUAAUUGUGAUGUAAUAUUUAAAUAAGCAAAAAUUAGAUUAAUGAAGAAUAUGUAUAAAGAUACUAAAUAUAGUUAAAUUCUUCUUUUAGUAAUAAGAAUGAUAGAAACCAACCCAGAUCAUAGACCUGAUUCUUCUAUUUUAAUAUAAACAAUUGAAGAAAUUCAAUCUUAGAAAAAAACUAGUGAUUGA